CUUGCAGUCGACACCUGCAGUCUUCAGUACCUGCGCCAUUUGCAAUCGCCGUAUAGUGGGACCUGUUGGAUUAAGACUUCCGAAGUCAUUCAAGAAUCAUUGAUAUGCAUCAAUCAAUAUUAUUAGUUUCGGAAAGUUCCCUUUUGCCACAGUGCACUUCAUGUUGCACUAUUUAUCACUGCAGUUUAUGCCCUGCCCUGAAGCCAACCACCCUGAAAAAAAUCAAGCAACACUGGGAAGUCCAUUUAAAAAAGGCAAUUGUUUUCCAAGACAAAAGAUUAUGCCGUUGCCAUUUGCCCUGCAGAACUGAGGCUCAUUACCAUUGCCCCAAUUGCAGCAACACUGUUCUCAGGAGAUAUGUUAUGGAAGCUCACCUUAAGAUAUGCUCAUCCUUAGAUGUACCCCGCCCCUCUUUGGCUUCACAACCCUCUAAAACACCACCUGCACCGGUUCCAUUUUCCACAACGACACCUGCACCGGUUUCUGUGUCCACAACGACACCUGCACCGGUUCCAUUUUCCACAACUACACCUUCACCGGUUCCUCUGUCCGCAAAAAAAGGUUCACAGUCAUCAAAAAACAAAAAUGUGCUUAAAUGCCCACAUUGUUCAGUCACUGUGCUAAAAAAGAACUUGGUAAUCCACAUUAACCGAAAACAUACUGACAAUUCAAAAGAUAUUACAGUGAAAUCACAUCUUUCUAGUGUGUGCAUUGACUCAUCAAAUGGACUGUCAGCAGUUCAAAGAAGUGGUCAUGGUUUCUCUGUACCAGUUCAUGUACAGAGAAACACGUGGGGCAAAGCUCAUUAUGUUAGGUGUGACUUGGAGGAAUGUCGCCAAUACCAGCUACUUGCUCACCGGAGUGGACACAUGUUUAGUCUCUGUGAACACCUUCGUCCACUGGAUUAUUGUUGUGAGAGAGCAUUUGAGGAGUUCUUGGAAUCAAGUGUCCUUGAUGAGAUGGUGAAGCUCAGAUUCAUAGGAGAAGCGAAGAAGGCAGUUUGUUUGAAAAGGCAAAAAUCAGCACAGGCAGCUCAUGUCCCAUUUUCAGUGUUGGGGGCAUUAGGUAAAUCUCAAGAGCAAAUCACCGUCUCCAUACAUGAGCCUUCUAUUCAUCACUACAGUCGCCUUGGGAGAGUAAUGGUCACAUACAAUUCCUCUGUUGGUACUUGGCACUGCCCAUGUGCAAAGCCCCGAAUGUCUUGCCCUCACAAAAACAUUGCCAAAUGGCACUUAAUCCAAACAAAUAAGAGCUUAUUCACAACAGAGAAAGCUACUAAAUUGAGUGACACCUCGUGUCCACCGCACUUAGAUGAGCACAUCGACACUCCCCCAAUUAACCUUCAAAACACUGUGGAAUAUAUAUAUAACAAAAAAAUUCCAGGUAAUCUCCAAGAAGCAGCGGCCAAAUCAAAGACAUUUCCAUCAAGGUAUCUUCCAGUGGAGAUGGCUUGUAUGAUCUGCGAUGGUGAAAUUGCACUUGAUGAUCCAGCACUGAUUACUGCAAAAGCUAAAAUUGUAACCAUGGAAAGUGUCAUUGAUGGUAAGUUCAAUAUUCAAAUAUAUUCAUUCAUUAUUCAAAUGAAAAGAAACAGCUCAGAACUAAGCAAAGCAUUUGUUUAUGUUUCUACUUUAUAAAAGGUUGUAUCAUAAUCAUUAUGAAUGUUAUUUCUUUUUUACUAUUUUUAGACAUCUCCGCUUACACCAGAAGAUGCCUAGGGUGUAAUAUGAUAUAUCGGUACCAGGAAUGGCAGGAUGGUCUCCACAGUUUUGAUGAUCAUGUGCUUCUGAGUCUCGAGCUUUGUCUAUAUCUAAGACACAGUUUACAGGUUUGUCUUUAUUACAUAGUGUUUUAUAACUAAUGUUCCCAUCCAGUAAAGAAGCCAUUCAUAGAAUUGAAUUAACCCAUUGUCAUUAUGUCUAUUCCAGAACCACGUAUC